UGUAGUUUCAGAUUUUCUAGAAAAUUCGUGUAGCUUUCAACACGGGAAUUUCGACUCUGUUGCAGUCUGUGUGUUGCUGUGUGUCCUGUGGUAUUGCAGAACCGGGCCGGUGCCGUUUUUUUUAGUGGUAGGAUAUUGCGAUUGACUGACUGAUUGUCAGACAAGGCAACGUGUUUUGCGUGAUCCAAAAAGGCGAUAUUUUUAAAGGUCCAGUGUCCUUAUUCUCAUUAUUUUGAACCAGUAUGGCCGCAAUGUCAGUUAUAGGUAUUGAUUUCGGCAACGAAUCUUGUUAUAUUGCGGUAGCUAAAGCAGGUGGCAUCGAGACAAUAGCUAACGAUUAUAGUCUACGGGGUACUCCAUCAUGUGUGGCCUUUUCACCAAAGAAUCGAAUAUUAGGUGUAGCAGCCAAAAACCAAAUGAUAACAAACAUGAAGAACACUGUAUUUGGCUUCAAGAGACUAUUAGGUAGAAAAUUUUCUGAUCCACAUGUACAGAAAGAGCUUAAACAUUUCCCAUUCAAGGUAGAACAAAGGCCUGAUGGUGGAAUUGGUAUUAGAGUCAAUUAUCUUGGUGAAGACAAUGUGUUUACUCCUGAACAGAUUACUGCAAUGCUUUUAACAAAACUGAAGGACAGUGCUACUAUAGCUUUACAAACUCAAAUUAAGGACUGUGUAAUAUCAGUACCUAGUUACUUCACAAACGCAGAAAGAAAUGCUCUCCUUGAUGCUGCAGCUAUUGCUGGACUCAAUGUGCUGCGCCUAAUGAAUGAGACCACUGCAACUGCAUUAGCUUAUGGUAUUUACAAGCAAGAUUUACCAGCUCCAGAAGAAAAACCACGCAACGUUGUAUUUGUAGAUUUCGGUCACAGCUCCCUUCAGGUGGCUGCUUGUGCAUUUAAUAAGGGAAAAUUGAAGGUGCUGGCCACAUCAACUGAUCCCUUCUGUGGUGGUAGGGACAUAGAUAUGGCUCUUGCCGAAUAUUUCUGUCAAGAUUUUUUGACAAGAUUCAAACUUGAUGCAAGAAAAAAUCAGAGAGCUUUUCUCCGUCUUUUACAAGAAGUAGAGAAACUGAAGAAGCAAAUGUCUGCAAACAGUACUCGUCUACCAUUAAAUGUGGAAUGCUUCAUGGAGGAAAGAGACGUCUCCGGAGAAAUGCAGCGCGCACAGAUGGAACAACUCAGUGCUGACACAUUCAAUAGAAUUGAGAGAACCUUAAGAGGCAUACUACAUAAUGCAAAACUAAGACCUGAAGAUAUCAGUUCAGUAGAGAUUGUAGGUGGUUCCACUCGAAUUCCAGCAGUGAAAGGCCUGAUUGAAAAUGUUUUCGGCAAGCAAGCUUCUACUACUUUGAACCAGGACGAGGCCGUGUCCCGCGGGUGCGCGCUGCAGUGCGCCAUGCUGAGCCCGGCGGUGCGCGUGCGCGAGUUCAACGUGACCGACGUGCAGCCCUACGCCGUGCGCCUCGCCUGGGACGCCGCGCGCGGCGAGGACGGCGACAUGGAAGUAUUCCCAGCAUUCCAUCCCGCACCAUUCUCGAAAAUGCUGACUUUCUACAGAAAGGAACCAUUUUCAGUCAGCGCUUACUAUACUGACCAAGUACCCUACCCUGAUAACUUUAUAGGUCAGUGGCACAUUAGAGACGUCCAACCGACGGCCGACGGGGAGUCGCAAAAAGUGAAACUUAAAGUGCGCGUGAACAUCCACGGUAUCAUCACGGUCGCUUCCGCGUCUCUCGUUGAAAAGAAACAGGACGCGUCACAGAACGAAAGUGUUGAGAUGGAGAAUUCCAAUGAGGCGCAAGGCCCUCAGGAGGCGCCCAUGGAGACCAAUGGCGGCGCGCCCGAGCAGCAGAACGGGCCCGACAACCCUGAGGUGAGAGAAGACGACACCACGGAGCCGCAACACAAACAGUCGUGGACACAGAGAGUAGGCCAGUGGUUCAGCGGGGAUGACGACAAAAAGGAUAAAUCAAAGGAAAAAUCCAAGAAAGUCAUUGUGAAGACAAUUGAACUGCCUAUCGAGGCUCGAACUCACGGAUUCUCUCAACAUGAACUUAAUGCCUAUUUGGAACAAGAGGGUAAAAUGCAAGCUCAAGAUCGUCAAGAGAAGGAGCGCGCCGAUGCUCGGAACGCCCUGGAGGAGUACGUGUACGAGCUGCGCGGCAAGCUGUCGGAGGGCGAGGCGCUGCACGAGUUCGUGGCGGACGAGCAGCGCGGCCGCCUCGUCGGCCAGCUGGACUCGCUGGAGCAGUGGCUGUACGACGAGGGCGAGGACCAGAACAGACAGGUGUACAGCGAGAAACUCGGCGAGCUGCGGACAGAGGGUGAGCCUAUCAAGCAGCGACGUCUUGAAUUUGAACUACGCCCUGGCGCAUUAGAGGACUUUGCUCACGCUAUUCAGUUGACUAACAAAGCUGUGGAUUUGUAUAGAUCGGGCGACGCGAAAUACGCGCACCUCUCGGAGGCAGAUAUCGGGAAAGUAGUGGAUACUAGCAAAAAUGCGCUCGCGUGGCUGGAAAACGCGCGGCAGGCGCUGAGCGUCGCGCCGCGCCACCAACCGCCGCCGCACACCACGCACCAGAUCCGCCAGGAGAGACAGAACUUCGAGAGUACUGUGAACCCAAUUCUAAACAAACCCAAGCCUAAGGAGAAGACUCCCCCGCCCGCCAACCCCACCGCGGGCGACGGCCAGCCCACCGCCGCGCCGCGCGACGACCACAUGGACGUCGAGUGAAGCGCCCACACCUGCACCACCCCCGCCUAAUAACAACCCCGCUCGUUGAUUUAUUUUGUUUGACAGUCACGUCUUUUCUCCAGACUUUCGGCAGUGAAAUUUAUGAAAUUUGAAUUUUGAUUUUUGUCUUUGAAAAAGUAAACCGAACAAAAUACUCUUUAUUCAAUUGUCUAUCUAUUCGUGUUAGCUGCUUAUUAAAUUAAUGUGUACAUUAGGAGGCAAUAUGCAUGGAAUCAAUCAUUGUUUCUUAUUUUUUGUGGUUCUUUUAUAACGAAUAAUAAAAUACAUUAACAUCUUUAGAAAAGAAUUUAAAAAACGUUUUAGCGUGAAGCGAAUAUAUUACAUUUUUGAUAAGUAGCUACUGGGAGGCUAGCAUGGAAGUUGUGAUUGUCAAGUUGCAAUUGUUCUAAUUGGCUGAAUUUAUGGUAAUCCUUACUGGAACGGUGCAUUUUAGUAAAUAGUGAGUGUCCGCCAAUUAGAGGUGAUGUAGCUGUCAAACUUGGUGCUAGGACCACUGGAGUUGCUAAAUGUUAAAAACAUUACAAAUUCAGCGUCCUGUAUCUAUACUCGUCAUUAGGACAGUGAGCACAAAACAAGUUGUCCAAACUGACGUUUCAACGUGGUUUGCGCCGGUCAUGGACUGAGGAUUAAACUAUACCCAGCUGAAGUCUGUUCGUAACUUUUGUAGAAUGCGCAGUCACAUGCCUCGUGCUCAGAUUGGAUUACUUGUUUGUACGCCAGAUACCUCAAUCUGGUUAUAGCCCAGUUUGAUAUGUUCUUGUCGGCUUGAUAAAAAAGUAAAAUAGUAAUAAUUUAAAUAUUGUGGUUAAUAUCUGUUGUUAUUUGGUGGGUUAAAAGAUACUUUAAAAAUUUUGUGUAUAUUUAUUUUGACGCUACUUGUGGCAAUCACAAUUUGUGUAACUUUUUUUACCUGUGUUGAUUAAUAAUUUAAUUGAUGCAAUAUUUAUCUAUCUAUUCUUUUAAUGAAUAUAAUAGCGCAUUUCUAAUAUAAUAACUCUAUUAAACAUUUAGUAUUAGUUUCUAUAUUAUAAUAUUAUGUAUAUACAUAUUGAUAUGUUUUUGGUUACACUUAAAUGCGAUUUUUUGUAGUAUUGCUGCAUAUUUUUAAUGUGAUAAAAAAUAUUUAAUUAUUAUUUUCUGAAUGAGUUGAGUAUGUUAUUAUAAAAUAGACUUGUACUUUUUCAGCUAAGAUAAUAGUAUAAUUUAUAAAUUAUUACAUUUGGUCACUAGAAAUUUUUAAAAAUAUUCUUCAUUUAGGCGAUGUUUUAACAUCGCUAUAAGUUUAUUAACUGAAUGAAUUAAAUGUCUGUGUACUUUAAAAAUAGGCUUAUAUUAGAUAGGAUUCAAACAGAAAAAAAUGCCUUUUCAAUAAAUAACUUGUCACACUGUACUGCACCUGUGUGACAUCUCAUAGAAAUCUACUAAUAAUAGUGCUUCUACUUGCACCAUCCGAAUUGAAAUAAGUAUAUUAUAUGAUAAGUAUCACUUGUGGCUCUGAUUCAAACAAUAGAUUUUGGUUUCUGAUAUACCCGAUACAGUAUUUACGAUAUAUCGUAUAUUUUAUUUUUAAAAUCCUACGUAGCAACAUUCCACAACAGUGAAAAUUAAAUCGUCAUAACCAUAAGCUGUUUAUGGUUUCAGUUAGCUGCGCUUAUGAAAUUGAUAAAGUCUACUAUACAUAGCAUACAUAGCAUAGUCGAGUGGCUUUCAGCCAAUAAACACGGGAUUUUAAACUACACACUUAAUUAAUUCUUUGAAAUCUCAGCAGUUACAAUAUUAUACUAUAAAAAUUACAGGUUAGAUGCAUUUUCAGUAAAUUCAAAUACCUGGUCGUCAGCUGUAAAAAAUUAAUGGUUAAACCGUUGUAACGUUAAUUAUUAUUGUGCAUUCUUAAUGUUAAAGCUUAGUAAAAGGAUGAUUUAACAAA